AUGGGCUCGCGCCUAGAGAAGAAUUCCGACUCUGUCCGGAAGCGCAUCGCCAGCCACCAAUUUGACGGCGAGGAUGGGGAAGAAUACCGCGGUUCGGCCUUUGGUGGCUUUACCGACUAUUUUAGGCGGAAGAAGAUCAAACUGCAGAACCUGGAUGCAGAUAUACGAAGCCAGGCCGGCGACAAACCUCAAAUCUUCAAAGGGAUCGUGGCACAUGUCAACGGCUACACCCAGCCAUCGCUUAACGACCUGCAUAUCCUCAUAGUCCAACAUGGUGGCGGCUUCAUGCAAUACUUAGACGGAAAAACUACGGUGACGCACAUAAUCGCCAGCAGUCUAACGCCAAAAAAGGUUGUCGAGUUCCGGAGAUACCGAAUCGUAAAGCCCGCAUGGGUUGUAGACAGCAUACAAGCAGGCAAGUUACUGCCAUGGAACGAAUACCGAGUAGUAGACGAGGGCGAGAAGCAGAAUGUCCUGGCUUUCGGUAAGGACGGCAUGACCAGCACAGCAAAUGUCAAGACGAGGGGUUACCGGGACCAGACAGAUGCCAGUUGGUACACGAGUCAACUAGGGGCUAGCCUGGCUGGCCCUUCCAGUACACCAACACCAGCUAGCAGCAUGCGCUCACGCUUCUCGAACAAGAGGCAGCGGCUUCCCACACCGGACGAUAACCUUGAGGAUCUGCCACCUUCUCGCCAGCCGAACAGCUUGCCCGACCAAUCCAUAUCUAGUAAGUCAGGUAAGGUUACGAAACUUGUCACAGCGCCCAAGACCAGCCUUGCGAUCGCGCCGGCCUACGUAGAUGAUAUCCCAGAUGAUGUUCACGACAGCCUCUAUGCCGACCCGAGCCCCCCUCCACCUCAACAGGCUGAGUCGAAGGAUGGCAUUGAAGACCGACCGAAGAGAAUGCUUCGCGGACCAGAUAUUCACAUACCCAAGACCCGAGAGCUGACUGCCGAGGAACAUAAUGCCAUACUUCUACGAGAUCCGAAGGUUCGCAAAUCUACCGUUGUUGAUCCUAAUUUCCUAGAGCAGUACUAUCGUGAAUCACGCCUGCAUCAUCUGUCCACUUGGAAAGCCGAUUUGAAAUCACAGCUGCAGGCAAUGGCAAGCGAGAAGAGCUCUUCGCAGAAAGCAAAGCAAAAGCGCGCACCGGACGCUCGUCGCUAUAUCCUGCAUGUCGAUUUCGACAGUUUCUUCGCCGCUGUGAGCUUGAAGAAAUACCCAGAGUACAAAGACAAACCGGCAGUGGUUGCGCAUGGUCAAGGAAGCGGGUCUGAGAUAGCAAGCUGCAACUAUCCGGCGCGUACAUAUGGUGUCAAAAAUGGCAUGUGGAUGAAGCGAGCUCAAGAGCUUUGCCCAGACCUAAAAAUCUUGCCAUAUGACUUUCCAGAAUACGAAGCAACCAGCCGCGCUUUUUACGAUGCCAUUUUGGCUACCGGUGGAUCGGUGCAGAGUGUCAGCAUCGACGAAGCUCUCAUCGAUGUUUCGAACCUUUGUAUUGCUGUUGGUGGUAGCGACGGAAAGCAGUACUCUGAAGGCAGUAAUUAUCGCGAACAAGCGAAAGCCGAGGAAAUCGCACUCAAUCUACGCGACGAAGUCAGAUCCAGGACUGGUUGUAAUGUCUCAGUAGGCAUCGGUAGCAAUAUCCUGCUCGCCAAAGUAGCAUUACGCAAAGCAAAACCCGCUGGGCAAUACCAGAUUAAACCUGAAGAGGUUUUAGACUUCAUUGGCCAACUUCAGGUACAAGAUCUUCCAGGUGUUGCUUGGUCCAUUGGCGGCAAGCUUGAAGAUCAAGGAGUCAAAUUCGUCAAGGAUAUUCGCGAACUUACCAAAGACAGACUUGUGCAGAUCCUAGGACCAAAGACUGGAGAAAAGCUAUACGAGUAUUCGAGAGGUAUCGACCGCCAAGAAGUAGGAGAGCAAGUUGUCCGAAAGUCUGUCUCUGCGGAAGUAAACUGGGGAGUUCGAUUUGAGAAUCAACAGCAAGCUGAUGAGUUCAUUGCAAGCUUAUGCGGAGAGCUCCAGAAAAGGCUGCUGAAGGAGAAGGUCAAGGGCAAGCAAUUUACAAUGAAGGUUAUGCGACGUUCACCGGAUGCUCCUCGAGACCCUCCCAAGCAUCUCGGCCACGGCAAAUGCGACACACACAACAAGAGCCUGUUACUCGGUGUCGCUACCAAUGCAAAAGAGGUUCUCAUAAAGGAGGCGUUAGCUAUACUGCGUGGCUUUGGUUUCACUCCUGGGGAGCUUCGAGGCAUCGGCAUUCAGAUGACAAAACUUGAGCCUAUGAAGAAUGCCACAGAUGGCAGUCUCGAAGGCUCACAGCGAAGACUGCAGUUCAAAGUCGGCAAUGCUGAACCAGCCCGCGUGGCACGGGCCCCAAAGGCUGUCGAAGAGGACCCUAUUCAAGACGAUCCAGAGACCCCGCGGAAGCCAAAAAUAUCGUCAGAGGACGAGCAUGUUCCGUUUGGCGCUCAGACACUCAACGCUUCGACGCCUUCUCGCCGUCCGUUGAACAUGUUAGGCACACAGUUCAUCAUGCCUACGCAGGUUGAUCCAAACGUACUGGCCGAGCUACCUGAGGACAUACGAUCAAAGCUACUCCGUCAAACACGCCAAUCAUCACCCACGCCUACGCGCGAUGUAGGGAAAGAAGCCGAUCCUAGCACACCUACGAAAGCCUUGCGUUCUGCCAUGGCAGCCCUUCCCGCCCAGUCUCAACUCGAUCCUGAUAUCCUUGCUGCUUUGCCAGCAGAAGUUCGUGCCGAAGUGCUUGCACAGUAUGAUGCGAGCGCUGCGCCCUUCUCUCCGUCUCGCCGCCCAAGAACUAUGGACCAGACGAUACUGCCCCAAUCGCCACGCAAGAACAGGAUCAUAGGUAUACCAGCCAAGAAACCCAUUGUACCAGUCAAGCGUGGUAGAGGCCGCCCACCAAGAUCAGCAAUGCUUGCCGCCGCUGCUCAAGCAAAGUCCAUUAGUAUGACUGGCAAAACACUCACUCAAGCCAAUUUCAUCUCCCUCAAGAACCCCGCACGAGAUAGCGUGAGUAGGGAGAACUCCGCUAGCCUGAGCGAUGAUGCCUUGGAAGCACCUAGCAUCACUCGGCCGACUAAGGAGGAUGACCUUGACCCAGCCUUUCUCGCUGCGCUCCCCGAAGACGUUCGCAAGGAAGUUCUUGCACAGCACAGAGCCGAGAAAAUGAACGCCUUCCGUCUCGCCGUAACACGGAAGGCCAAGCCUGAACCGGUACCACAACCAUCUGUGGAAGCAACCAAGAUAAAGGUACCUCGCCCCGCAAAACCGACUUUCACCAUCCAGAAGCUCUCGGCGCAGGCUGAUUUGAGAGUUGCCAUGAGGCAAUGGAUCGGUGAAUUUACGGAUGAAGGGCCUUACAACGAGGACGUCGUUGCGUGGAUCAAGUAUCUCAAGAAAGUGAUUCUGGAAGAGAAAGAUAUGAACAAGGCCAUCGGUAUGGUGAAAUGGAUCGACUAUGUCAUCAGCGACGAAGCAGACAAGGACGAAAAGUUCGCGAGGGAGCCAUGGGAGGACGCUCUUGCAAAAAUUAAAGACGGUGUCAUCAAGGCUGGGAAGGAUAGAGGUUUGGGCAGAGUUUCUUUUGGUUAG